GGAAAGCAAAGCAUGGAGUUACAUCAAAUUUAUGGCGGAUUGGGAAAAAGUAGCCACCCACGAAACACAAGCACAACCACACGAUAAUGUGUUUUAGAUUUCAUUAAAAGCUAUCAUAAUAGAGAGCUCCAAAUCUCCAAUAAUGAAGAGGAAUCAACGAAGAAACAACAAGGAAUUGAAGAACCUAGCUACCUAUAUAUAUCUUCGUUGACUUGACUUCACUUGCUUCUUUAUUUAACCCUUAACAAGCUAAGGAAUCACACGCAUACAACAACACUACAAGCAUCAUCAACCACUAGGGUUUCUGUCCAACUUUCAAUGGCAUCUUCUUCUUUCAAUGUUCCUUUAAUCAAACAUGAUCUCUUCAUAAGCUUUAGAGGAGAAAUUCGCACUUCUUUUCUUUGCCAUUUGAUAAAAAGAUUGCGCGAUGACGGAAUCAUUAGUUUCUUUGUUGACGAGGAAAAUCUUGGUGCUGGAGACGAGAUCUCAUCCGCACUUCUUCAAGCAAUUGAGGAAUCUUCCAUUUCAUUGGUCAUCUUCUCGAAAGAUUAUGCUUCUUCGAGAUGGUGUAUGGAGGAGCUUGUGAAGAUUAUUGAAUGCAAAGAACAAUAUCAAAGGACUCUGGUACCUGUUUUUUACAAUGUUGAUCCUUCUCAUGUAAGGCACCAGAAACGAACUUUUGAAGAGGCUUUUGAUGUCCACACUGAGAAGUAUAGAGAAAACAUGGCAAAGGUGCAGAAUUGGAGAUCUGCAUUAAGAAAGGCUGCUGAUUUGUCUGGAAUCCAUUAUCCAUCAACCUUGAUCAGAAAUGAAGUUGAGCUCAUUGAAAAAAUUAUUAAAGUUGUCAAUGAGAAGUUGCCGCCUAUUUGUCCAAAUAAAUCCAAAGGUGCUGUUGGAAUUGAUGAACAAGUUAAGUCUAUUGAAUCGUUAUUGGCAAAAAUGGAGCCGAAUGAUGUUGGAAUCCUUGGAAUUUGGGGCAUGGGCGGUAUAGGUAAAACAACCAUUGCUCAAGUUAUAUUCAAUAAAUAUUCCUCACAGUAUGAAGGUUGUUGCUUCUUGAAAAAUGUCAGAGAAGAAUCAGAAAGGCACGGUCUGGAUUAUUUGUAUGAGCAACUCUUUUCUCAACUGCUGAAGAAACAAAAUCUCCUUGUGAAAGGUCCUGCCAACGCAAUAUCUGCCAUUUACGAGAGAAGAUUGAGUCAGAAAGAAGUUCUCAUAGUACUUGACGAUGUGGAUACAUCAGAUAUAUUAGAUUAUCUAACUGGAGAACAAACCUGCUUGGCACCAGCUAGUAGGGUCAUUGUAACAACCAGAGACAAGCAGAUACUAAUUGCUGCAAGAGCACAUGGAAUAUACGAGGUCAAGCGAUUGAGCUUUAAGAGCUCCCUUGAGCUUUUUUGCAUAAAAGCCUUUAAUAAAAUCUAUCCUGAAAAUGGAUACGAAAAGCUUUCACAAAUGGCAGUUAAUUAUGCAAAUGGCAUUCCACUAGCCUUAAAAGUAUUGGGCUCCUUUUUAUGCUCAAAAAGUGCAGUAGUUUGGAAAAAUGCACUAAAAAAACUCCAGAGUUGCCCUGAUAAGAGGAUUUUCAAUGUGUUGAAAUUGAGCUACGAUGGAUUAGAUGAUUCGGACAAGAGCAUAUUCCUUGACAUUGCAUGCUUUUUCAAAGGAGAAUGCAAGGAUAAUGUCAUAAGGUUUCUAGACUCAUGUAGUUUCUAUGCGGAUGUUGGAAUAGACAAUCUUGAAAGUAAAGCUCUUAUAACUAUUUCCUACAAUAGAAUACAAAUGCAUGACUUGAUACAGCAAAUGGGUUGGGAAGUCGUUCGCCAAGAAUCAAAUAAAGAUCCUACAGAGCUCACUCGAAUAAAUAAGCCUGAAGAUUUUCACAAUUUAUUGAAAAAUAGCAAAGGAAAAAAUUUAGUUGAAGGUAUUAUGAUAGACCUGUCUCAAAUUGGAGAUCUACACUUAGAUGCUGACACCUUUAAAAAUAUGCCUCAACUAAGGUUUCUUAAGUUUUAUGCUCCACGGGAUGAAAAACAGUUGAAUGUGUACAUUCCCAUACCCUUGGAGUCAUUUUCUGCUAGACUCAAGUAUUUGGAGUGGAAUAGUUAUCCUCUGAAUUCUCUAUCAUCAAUGUUUUGUGUGGAGCAGCUUGUUGAGCUUAGGAUGCCAAACAGUCAAAUUUCUAAACUUUGGGAUGGAACGCAGGAACUUCCGAAUUUGAUAGUGCUUUACCUUUAUGGAUGUAAAAAGUUGGUAGAGCUUCCAGAUUUCAGUAAAGCAACAAAGCUUAAGACUAUAGAUCUUUGGAAUUGUGAAAAACUAUGUCAACUUCAUCCAUCUAUUUUAUCCAUCCAAACUCUUGAGGAAUUAUAUCUUACUGGUUGCACAAAAUUGAAGUGUGUCAAAAGCAAUUUGAAGUCUGUUAAAACAUUUUAUGCUUAUAAUUGUUUAAGCCUGGAGAAAUUUUCAGUGUCAUCAGAAAAACUGUCGGAUUUGGAUAUCUCUUUGUGGAGAAUUAAAAGUCUACCAAAUGAAAUAUGUAGCUUUUUUUCUCUUGAGUAUCUUUGUCUUAGUAAUUGCAGAAAGCUAAUUGAUCUCCCACGCAACAUCAAAGCUCAAUCAAGGUUAAGGGCUCUUGACGUAAGUGGUUGUAGUAGUCUUCGAUCUAUACCAGAACUUCCACCAUCUAUUGAAGAGCUUUAUGCUGUUGAUUGCACAUCACUUGAAACAAUAUUCAAUUUGAAGGCAGUAUUUAGUUUGAACAGGAGAAAGAUCUCAUUUGCAAAUUGUGUGAGAUUGGAACAAGAGUCAGUGAAUGAUAUUAUGGAAGAUGCUCAUCUCACAAUAUUCAGAAAUGUUUUAUUGUUGUCAGCAGAUCCAGAUCAGGUGAUAAAUUAUUAUUAUUAUCAUAAAAUGUUAGGUUGUGUUUGUUAUCCUGGGUACAAAGUUCCAAAGUGGUUCGGAUGUGAAACAAGAGGAGCAUCCAUAAUAAUUGAACUUCAUCAACCUUAUUACGAGUUGUUGGGUUUCUUCUUCUGUUGUGUUAUUUCUCAAAACUUACCUCCUUAUUAUUUUGAAGAAUUGGAUCUUGUCAAUAUCAAGUGCGAAUACCGCUACUUCGGAGAUGGCGUAAAGGACACUUUUGUAAGUAAAAAUCUAAACUUUGUUUCUAAACGACGAUGUUGCUGUGAUCAUGUUUUAAUAUGGACUGAUCCAUUUGGUAGUGAAAACAUAUUGAGUGAAAUUGAGAGGUGCAGACUCAGAGGUGGCAGUGAUGAUGAUGAUAGCACUUGCAACCAAAAGAUGUCAUUCAGAUUCAGUAUUGAUAGACCUAAGAAAGGGAAGAGAGUCCAAAUAAGGAGAGAAAAUGAUGAAGAUUGUUUUAUCAAAGAGUGUGGGGUUAUUCCAAUGUAUGCCUCAACUCUCUUGGAUGCCAUUCAAAAUCUUGAAUUGGAGUUCAACUUGAAGCCUCAUCAUAACCCCAUCCCAGGGAUAAAUCUGGACGAAGUAAAAAGUAUGAUGAUCCGGAAGAGCAAAGGAAAAUCAAAACUCCACUGAUAUCACUUGCUGUAUGAAUAUGAAAUUGAAAGAAAAUUCUUGAUCAACUUAUGACAAACUUUUCUAGAAUGACUCAUUGGUAAAUGAUUUUAAUCAA